AUGGCUCCCACAAAGAAGGGUGGUGAGAAGAAGAAGGACAAUUUUGCUAUCAAUGAAAUGGUGACCAGAGAGUACACCAACAACAUUCACAAGCGCAUCCAUGGAGUAGGUUUCAAGAAGCGUGCCCCUCGAGCACUCAAGGAGAUUCGGAAAUUUGCCAUGAAGGAGAUGGGAACACCAGACGUGCGCAUUGACACCAGGCUCAACAAAGCUGUCUGGGCUAAAGGAAUCAGGAACGUCCCGUACUGUAUCCAGGUGCAGUUGUCCAGAAAACAUAAUGAGGAUAAAGAUUCACCAAACAAGCUCUAUAUACUGGUCACCACUUUCAAAAACCUACAGUCAAUGUGGAUGAAAACUAACAGUUGA